AUGAGGUUUAAAAUCGGUGGUACUUUAUUACUUAAUAUACGAAUGCCGCAGCAGAUCUGCUGUGUUAAAUUGAACGAUGAAUUGCUGGAGAGCAAAUCGGUUGUGAGGUGGAAAACGUCGACUUAUUUUUUGGCAUCGUUACUUUAUGCCAUUCAGACAGAGUAUGUAAAACGAGCCUUAUUGGGUUUUCUGAGGAGGAAUUGCGGUAUUCCAGAUGAUAGGAAUGUAUAUUUGGUAAUUCACUUCCGCGAACCGUUGAUUAGUGAAAUUGAUUAUAAAUGGAACUAUAGGAUUUCUGCUAUUUAUGUUAGAGGUUUGGAGCUGGAGAAAUUAUUAUGGAUUUUAUCUACUUUUGGUGGUGCUUUGUCAGCUAUGGGUGAUUAUUAUAAGCAUUUCGCUGAAAAAGCAGAGCUUGUUUCCUAUAGUCAACUGCAGCUUGCUAAUAAUAUUGGUGAUCCAGUUCUGAUUUCACGUUGUAAAUUAUAUAUCUCAAUCAGCUUGAUGCAAACGAAAAGAUAUCGUGCAGCUGCGAAAAUUAUUCGCCAACAAUAUAACGUCGCAAAAGCGUUGAAAAAUCAAUUUCUAUUUCAUUGCUGUGAAGGAGUAUGGAUGAAAUUGCGUGGAAUGGUAGAAAGCUCUAGACAGAUGACCCGAAAUACCGGAUUACUUUAA